AUGAGAUCAUUAACAGAUAUUCUACCGCAAAAUGUGAGUAAUUGGAACGAAACGGAACACUUCCUGAAGGAAAUAGUCGACGUUCUUCUGCAGUAUAUUAAGGAAGAGAACGAUCGUAAGAGUAAAAUACUGGAUUUUCAUCAUCCUGAAGAAAUGCAACAGCUCAUUGAUCUCUCGAUUCCUGAUCAUCCUGAAACGUUGGCUCAGCUCAUCGAGAACUGUCGUGAGGUAUUGCGACUGGGUGUGCGAACAGGACAUCCUCGAUUCUUCAAUCAGAUUUCAUGCGGACUCGAUUUGGUGGCGAUGGCUGGUGAGUGGCUAACUGCAACUGCCAAUACGAACAUGUUCACAUAUGAAAUCGCACCAGUGUUCAUAUUGAUGGAGAAAGAAGUGAUUAAGAAAAUGAUCGAACUGAUCGGAUGGCCAGAAGGAGAUGCGAUAUUUGCACCUGGUGGUGCACUGGCGAAUUUGUAUGCUAUGAAUGCGGCUAGACAUCAUCAUUUUCCAAGAGUGAAACCACUUGGACAAUGCGAUAUGCCAACUUUAUGCGUGUUCACGUCUGAAGAUAGUCACUAUUCGAUCAAAGGAGCUGCCGCAGUGACUGGCAUUGGAACGGAUAACUGUUUCAAUAUACCGACUGAUUCUCGUGGUCGUAUGAUCCCAGAAGCUCUCGAGCAACGUAUUUUGCAGUGCAAAAGAGAUGGAUUGGUACCAUUCUUUGUUUGCGCGACGGCUGGUACAACUGUUUAUGGAGCAUGGGAUCCGUUGAAUCAAAUCGCGAACGUUUGCGAACGUCAUAACAUUUGGUUCCAUGUUGAUGCAGCAUGGGGAGGUGGUUUGUUGCUAUCGCCAGAGCACCGACACUAUCUGGACGGAAUUCAAAGAGCACAAUCGGUGACCUGGAAUCCACACAAACUGAUGGGUGCAUUGUUGCAGUGUAGUGCGUGCUUCAUAAGACAAGACGUUAUCCAAGUUAGUUGA